AUGCGAACCAACAACCUCACCACCGCAGCCCUCAUCUCCGUCCUCCUUCCCUUCGCCUUCGCAAACCCCAACCCCAAUCCACAGGUAGACUCCCUCGUCAACUCCAUCCUCGGACCCGCUACCUCUGCCGCCUCUUCUGCCAUAGCCGAAGUGACCAGUCUAGCCUCAUCCGCCCUUGAUGCCGGCAACUCACUCGCCUCCUCCGCAGUGUCCGAAGCUACCAAUGCCGCUUCCUCCGCCAUCUCCGUCGCCACCGAUCAAGCAAGCAGUGCCAUCUCGGGUGCCGGCAGCCUGGUGAGUUCAGCUACAGAUGGGGCUGGUGGUGCAGCUAGUUCAGCUAGCGGGUUCGUGAGCGGGGUUCUUAGUAGUCUGGACAGCGCGGUUGCAAGUGUUACAAGCUCAGUGGGAGGUGUGAUUAGUUCCGCUACGUCUGCGGCAUCGAGCCUGAGAACUGCUGCAACUGGCUCUGCUGCCACGGGAACCGGUGCUGCAGCUACAGCCAGUGCGGCUGGUGGAAGUGCUCCUGGGAUGAUGGAUUCUGGUAUGGGAUUGGGUGGAGUGGUCGGAGCGGCUGUCCUGGCUGUUGCUGCUUGGUUGUGA